UCAAUGCUUUUUCUUUUCUAUCCAUUUUCUUGCAAGCUAAGGAUAUUGAAAAGGUUGAGAGAAAAAGAAAAGAAAAGAAAUUUCCCUAGUCCCAAAAAAAGAAAAAAGUGGUUGUGAGGAAAAUAUGUCUCUAGUGACAGAAGAGAACAAGGCCAAAGCUGAUGAGCUCUACCAUGGAGAUGAUCUUUGCCAAGAGAAAUCAAAGCUCUUGCUCAAAGAAAUUGGGCUCCCAAAUGGGCUUUUGCCAUUGAAAGACAUGGAGGAAUGUGGGUAUGUGAAAGAGACUGGCUUUGUGUGGAUGAAGCAAAAGAAGAGCCAUACCCACAAGUUUGACAAGAUUGGGAAGCUGGUUUCUUAUGCACCUGAGGUCACAGCCUAUGUGGAGCAAAACAAGAUCAAGAAGCUAACUGGGGUCAAGACCAAGGAGCUCCUGGUUUGGAUUACACUCAGCGACAUUUAUGUGGAUGAUCCUCCAACUGGGAAGAUCACUUUCAAAACCCCUUCUGGGCUUUCAAGGUCUUUCCCUGUUUCAGCUUUUGAGGUUGAAGAGCCUGUUAAGGAUGUUAAGGAAAACCAGGAAGUGAAGGGUGUCAGUGGUGCUGUGGAGGUCAAGGAGGUCUAAAUUUCAAGAUAAGUUUUAGUGUUUACCCGAAGAAGAAGAAGAAGCAUUUAGAAGCUCUUUCUCUAUUUUUAAAAGUUUUUUAAUUUUCUUCUGUUGCUGUUUGAUGCUUUUGAAUCCUUCUAGUAGUUCUAUCUUUUAAUGAAAUAAUAAAUAGUGUUUCAUGGUCUA